CAUGGGCAGCAGAUCAUUCUUCAAACCAAAAUCAAAAGUCAGACCAAACAACUCAAUGCCAAGAAACACGGCGAGGCAGAGAGGAGACGUAGGAGGCGAAUCAAUGAUCAAUACCACACUCUUCACAAGAUCCUCCCAAGCUUAAUCAAAGUAAGAAAUACAAACUAUGACAAGGCAACGGUGCUUGCUGAGACGGUGAGGCAAGUGACGGAGCUGCGGAAGACAGCCUCAGAUUUGGAAGCAGUAUGCGAUGGUAGCAAUAAGGACUGCAUGUUCCCAUGCGAGGCAGACAAGCUGACUUUGGAACACUGUGAUGAUGAUUGGGAGGCGGUUAUGGUCAUGUUCAGCUGCGAGGAUAGGCCAGGAUUGAUGUCAGCCAUGGAAAGGGCACUCAGGUCAGUGCAAGGGGUGACGUCUGAGAUGGUGACAGUGGGUGGGAGGACCAAGAGUGUGUUGUGGGUGCAAGGGCUAAAUGGUGGCAAUGCUGAAGGGAUUGUAAAGCUAAGGAGAGCUUUGAAGGGAGAUCAUAGACAGGCCCAUCUUGCCAGGGAUCGCGAAGAAGCGACAGCUCGCUCGAUGAACCUUCAGUUAAUGCAUGAAUUCCAUAGCUCUAGAUACAUUCUAAGAUGGGUGGUUUAAAAAACUGAUGGUUUCUCCAAGUUCGGAUGUUUCUUCUUUUAUUUUCAAUUUCAAUUUUAUUUUCAGUUUAGUAAGUCUAUCUGAUCAUGUUGAUUGGUGA